AUGCCAUUCUCUCUUCCUUAUUAUCGGGAUGCUGGUCAAUUACCAGGGCCUCUUCCUGAUCAGAAUGAGAUUGAACAGGCAACACAAACCCUCCCCGAGAGAUCAGAUUAUGGCAGGCGCCUCGUCGUAAUCAGAGACAAAUAUGUUGUGAAAUAUGGCCCGCUUGUGAAUGAAAACGAGGGAUAUGCUCUACUUUUUGUUGAAAAACGGCUCAAUAUCCCAGCCCCACGACUUUACGCUAUGUACCGCGAUCAGGACACCCUAUACAUCGUCAUGGAAUAUAUCCCCAGUAUUUCUCUAGGUAUGGCGUGGCCCUCGCUCACUGAGGUAAAUAAACAUUCAAUUGUUGGACAAUUGCGAUGCAUCUUCGAUCAAAUGAGAGAGCUACCAUCGCUCGGAUUUUACGGCAGUGUCAACGGAGGACCCGUUCCCCAUAGAUAUUUCUGGUCCCGUCAAAACGACCCUGCUGUUACCGGCCCGUUUCAGGCGGAGGAAGAAUUCGGAAAAGCUAUCGCACUUCGCUCAAAAGCUGUAUGGAGCGAGUCAAAUGUUAACAACUUUCUCUCCGACUAUCUCGCUCGCCACCUCCCAGUAGCACUUCACAACCAUCCGCCUAUGUUCACCCACGGAGAUCUUUACAGAGAGAAUGUUCUUGUCAGAAAGGUCGUUAAUCCUAUCACAAAUGAAGAAGAGUAUGAAGUAGCUGCUCUUGUGGACUGGGAAACUGCUGGAUGGUAUCCUUCGUACUGGGAAUACGCUCAUAUCUUUCCCCUAUUGCAAUGGGUUGACGACUGGCCGGCAUAUCUUGAGAAGAUUCUUGACCCGUUGCCGCUCGAGGGCGCCAUGAUGCGGCUUGUCUUUAAUCACCUGGAGUUCUGA